AUGAUAGACAACUAGUGCAUCAUUUUGUGCCGGGACCACUUCCUAAAUUGCCGUCGCCUAUCAUGGUGGUGUCUCGCAAGGUGCUGGCGUUCAUGCUGCUGACGCUACCACCGACGGCCGUGUCUGCCUUGGCCUAUUUUGUGGGCGGAGCGAGCGGCGCCACAGCGCUGGGCGUUGGCGCGCUCUCAAGCUUCGCCUUCUGUGACUUCUGGUAUUUCCUGCGCAUGGGGCUCAACUCGAUCAUGCCUGCACCUCGUGGACCUCGCAAGCACUUAUUUGCUGUAAGCAAGGUCGAAGGCCGCAUUGGACUCAUGGAUAUCGACCGCAAUGGACACUGUAACAACGCGCGCUUCUUGCGUGAGUGUGGCUUUGGACGACGCGAUCUGUGGCAGCACAACGGCGUGUGGAAGGUGGUGACUGCUGCAGGCGGCAACCUCGUGGUAGGCUCGCAGACCGUGCGCUACCGCCGCGAGCUGUCCUUCGGGCAGGCCUACACGAUGCGGUCACGACUCAUCUGUUGGGACAAGCGUGCUUUCUACGUGGAACACCGCUUCGUGACCCACGGCGCCAAGGGCGACUUCGUGAACGCCAUCGUACUAGUGAAGAACACAGUGCUGGGCGCCCUGAGCCCCGCGGAGAUCGUCGCCAAGUUGCCGGCACUGCAGUCAGACGAGGAAGCAAACCCGCCCAUGCCCGCGGACGUCUCUGCUUGGAUCGAGAGCAACGACGCCUCCAGCAAGAUCCUCCGCGCCGAGGUGGUUAAAUGAGAUGAGGGGAGCGAUGACGCGGCGUUAUGACGCUCCACUUUUUUAGAACGAGCUCCUCACGCUAACGAUGAAUACCAUCCUCAGUUUUUAACAGUCUAGUUGAAGUACAAGAUACGCAAGAAGUGCAGAAUCUGUAACCGGAAGAGAGCUGAAGAAAUUGAUUUAUUGCGCAUCCGACGGGAUGCAAUGACGUUGCUUGUCAAGCAGCAAUGACGCUGGAGGACAGCAGCCUGUUGGUGGUGGUGCUGUCGACUAGAGCGUGCAACAAGAGCAACGCAAUGAUCACUAAUGGCUACACCCCCUACCGCCAGAACUCCAGGCAUGGACAUGAUUUUAAUGCAGCUCUCACCACCACCAGAAACUUAAACAGACU